AUGGCGGAUCCGAGAAUUCGCAGACAAACCUACACAGCCGCAUCCCAGCCUUCCCGCGGGGCGUAUCCGCGCGGAUCUGUUCCCCCGCAAGCGCAACGCGGGGUCGGAUCCAGGGGAAGCGGGCCCAGCCGCGCAACUGCUGGCGGAAAUCUGGGUUCGGGGGAAAGGCAACCCCCGGAGACCGCGGAGCAGGCGGCGGAGCGGGAACUGCGCGAACGACGAGAGCAGGAGCGGGCGCAGGAGGAGCGGGAGAGGGAUGCGCGCGAGCGGAAGGCGGUGGCCGCGGAGCGGCUUCAGCGGGAGCAGCUGGCGGUGGUGUCGCUCGAGCGAUCUGUGCAUGCUAAAGCGCGCGAUGUGGAGUCGCUGUCAGCGCAGAGCACGCAGAUGGACGAGCAGGCCUCAGCGAUAAGGGCGAGGGCGGCAGUGCUUCACGCGCAUUCGCUGCAAAUCAACGGAUUUCGGGCGUACCUGGGGGCUGGGAACCAUGGCCUGAGUGACUGCAAGGCUCGCAUUUCACCUGCUCUUGCCGCUUCUGCUGCUACAACACGAGGAUCCAGAACAGCAGGAAUGGCAGCAGCACCGGCAGCAGCCACAACAACAGCCACAGCAGCAGCAGGAACCGCAGCAGCAGCAGCAGCAGCGGAGCCUGCAGCUUCUCUCCCCACGGCUGCUGAAACGGAUGAGGCUCUUUCUCUCCUGCAGAUGUUUCUGCAGGCCCGGCUGUCUGAUGCCAUUCACUCCCCCCCUGCUGCUGCUGCUGGUACGGCUACUGGUGCUGCUACUGGUGCUGCUGCUGGUGCCGCUGCUGCUGCUGCUGCUGGUGCCGCUGCCGCUGCUGCUGCUGCUGCUGCUGCUACCCCCCAGCCAGGCCAACACACGAGUGCCAUUUCCUCCCUUGCAGCAGUUACAAUUUAUCCCUCUCAUGCUGCUAAUAGUAAUGUGCCUGCUGCUGCUAACGCUGCAACGGCAGCAGCAGCAGGUAGGAACAGCAUAGCAGCAGCUACUGCUGGUACUUCUGCCGCCUCUGCUGCUCCUGCUACCCCCGCCGACUCUUUUCUCCUCUCUUUCCCUGGAGGCUUGGCUGAUCUGGCGCCUAUAGAAUGGAGCGAGCUGCCGGUGAGAAGCUUUUUAGAACGCGCGAGGCUUCAUCCGGAGGGGUUGGUGGCGGUGCUGCAGGGUGCUGUGGAGAGGAAGGCGGAGGAGAUAAGGAGGGAGUGUGCAGGGACAGAUGUGGAGGAAGAAGGAACGAGAUUAGGUUGGGAUGCUGUAGAGGGGAAGGUGGAGGAGGUAAAGAGAGAAUGUGUGGGAACGGAUGUGGAGGAGGAAGGCACAAGACUGGUCACUGGGGUAAGUGGAGUGGAGGAGAGUCUGUUUGUGCGUGGAAAGUUUGGGUUGCAGGGUGCUGUGGUGAGGAAGGUGGAGGAGGUAAAGAGAGAAUGUGUGGGAACGGAUGUGGAGGAGGAAGGCACAAGACUGGUCACUGGGGCGCCUCUCAGUGCGAGUGGGGGAGGAACGGGAGGGCUGACUGGUGGCAGUGUCGUGUUCCCAGCCUCGCUACCUUCCUCCCUUCCCUUGCUUAUCACCAGACUGACCACCCCAACCCCUCUCUGUUCCUCCCUUCCCUUGCUCAUCACCAGAUUAGCCACCUCAACCCCUCUCUGCUCCUCCCUUUCCCUGCUUAUCACCAGACUGACCACACCAACCAAGGCGCCUCUCAGUGCGAGUAGGGGAAGUACGGCUGGGAUGACUGGUGGCAGUGACAACCGCAGCGGCAGUGGUGGUGGCACGUCAAAGCACCUUUUGCGCAAGGCAGCAAAGCAUGCAUCAUUCUCAUCUGCUGACGGUGGUGACGGUGGUGCUGCUGCUGCUGCUACUGCUGCUGCUGCUGCUGGGGCUGGUGGGAGCACAGGGCGAGGAGCAAGGGCUGGGGCGAGUCAGCUGCGCCAGGGGCCGCAGUCUACACAAGAGCUGGUUCUGGCGAGACAGGUAAGCGUGAGAGCAUGGCAAGGCAAGGCAGGUGCUUUUCUGAGUCAGCUGCGCCAGGGGCCGCAGUCUACACAGGAGCUGGUGCUGGCGAGACAGCAGCGCCAGGGGCCACAGUCUACACAAGAGCUGGUGCUGGCGAGACAGGUAAGAGAGGCAGGUGCAGAUGGUGGUGCUGCUGCUGCUGCCACUGCUGCUGCUGCUGGGGUUGGUGGCAGCACAGGGCGAGGAGCAAGGGCUGGGGCGAUUCAGCAGCGACCGGCACCGCAGUCAACACAGGAGCUGGUGCUGGCGAGACAGGUAAGAGAGGCAGGUGCAGAUGGUGGUGGUGCUGCUGCUGCCACUGCUGCUGCUGCUGGGGUUGGUGGCAGCACAGGGCGAGGAGCAAGGGCUGGGGCGAGUCAGCAGCGACCGGCACCGCAGUCAACACAGGAGCUGGUGCUGGCGAGGCAGGUGAGAAGGGCAAGUGUGUUGGUCGAUGGGUGGGUGUGGGUGAGUAGAUCUCACUGCUACUGCACUGAGUCAGCAGCACCAGGCGCUGCAGUCAACACAGGAGCUGGUGCUGGCGAGGCAAACACCCUUUCGUUAUCUUAUGUUCCUAUCCUGCGGCUUCCCUUUUCCGCCUGCCAGAAGGAGUAUCGCGACCUGUGCCUGCAGACUCAGAAGGAGUAUCGCGACCUGCGCCUGCAGACUCAAGUGCUCCAAAAGAAGGCAGUGAGGCAAAGGAGUACGGUGACCUGCCUGCAGACGCAGAAGGAGUAUCGCGACCUGUGCCUGCAGACGCAAGUGCUCCGAAAGAGAGCUGACGCAAAGGAGUAUCGCGACCUGUGCCUGCAGACGCAAGUGCUGAGGAAGAGAGCUGACGCAGUGAGGCUGGAGGUGGAAAGGAGGACCAGUGAUCAAUCUAACAGACGGGACAGAGACGGGGCAGGGAAGAGGGGGGAGGAGGGAGGCGAGGAGGGAGAGGUGGAGGGAGGGGAGGAGGGAGAGGAGGAGGGAGGGGAGGAGGGAGUGGGUGGUGAGGAGGAUGUGGAGUUGGGGAUAGCUAUGGCGGAGGCAGAGUUGAGGGUGCUUCAAGCAGCGGAGAAACGACUAUCAAGUGAGGUGGCAGCAGCAGGAGCCACGAAUCGCAGAGUGCUGCAGCAGUGGGAGCGAAUCAAGGGUUUCAAUGACGAGCGCAGCAAUAAGUGGGCGGAGUACGAGCUUAUAAGGAGGAUAAACCAGCCGCCCUUCCGUUCAGGCCUAUGCCCACAAGUGGUGGAGCCUCACCAACAGGGCGACUUGAAGGCAGCAGAAGAGCUGGGGCUUAUGUGGCCCCCCUGGUGCCCACUUUGUAAUUCUCUCUCCGCGCCCUCUCCCUUCCCAUCAGGCAUAUGCCCACAUGUGGCCUAUGCACACAUGUGGUGGAACCUCACAAAUGGGCAGACUCAAAAGGCCCUGGCAGGACACGUGGCAAAGGCUGGAAGCGCUCUCAUUGGCUCGGUUCGAGCGGCAUGGGAUCUGGCCACUCACGAGGUGACAGCUGGCGUGGCGCUGCCGCCCUCCUGGCUGUGCCGCCCGGUUCUUCGGGCAGCUUGGGAAGCCAAUGAUGCGGCGACAGGUGGCAGGAUAGACGGUGGGACAGGGACAGCUGCUGACGUGGCAGCUGGCAGCGCUGCAGAGCUGGAGCCAGCUGUCGCCAGCAUGGCACGGCAACUCGCUGGGCUGCAGCAGCAGGCGGAGCAGCAGCAUAUGGAGGUGUUAUCGGAGUGGCUUCCGCAGCUGGCACAGCUGCAGGGGCAGGCAAGGCAGCUCGUCUCGCGCACUCAGAGCGCCUCUGAACUGGUCUCCCAUUGGUGGAAGCAGCCGGCCCUUGGGAUCAUCCCAUGGGUGACAGUGGAGGGGAGGAGCAUGGAGGAGUGGGCAGUGGCACUAGAGGCUGCACAGAUGGAGAGGGAAAGGUAG